AUGAACACGAUGACUAGUGAAGGAGAAGCAGUGAAAGUGGAAGGCGGACAUAUUUCUGUGACCACUAUCAGUAUGCCGGGACCAGAUACGACUAGCGGCCAGUUCUCAUACAGUUCGAGCGGUGUGCGCAUCAGCGUCUCAUCAGUGCCUCAUGAUGAAGACUCGACCGACGCCGAGAUCUCUAAAAUUGACUUUACACAACGUCAGUACGAGGUGAACAUGAGAAAUAAGAAGAAGCGAUCCUCUAUGAAUGGCGAGGAACAAGAGAGGCCGAUGUCGUGGGAGGGGGAGCUGUCCGACCACGAGAUGGUCAUAGACACGAGCGUAAACAACGAUGAAAACAGCAAUUCUAUCGACCUGCAGUCGUCUCGGGACUCGUUAGACACGCUUCGGAACGUCACAAUAAAGUCUGAGAAUGUGAAGACCGAGCCGUUUCAGAGCCUCGACGACGAGAGGGUUCUGGAUUUGAAGUAUGCCCCUCUGCAGCCUCAUCAGAGGAGUCUCAGUAUGAACAGAAUAUCAGUGCUGACAGACAACAGCCUCUCACUCGCUCGUCGCCCGUCUUCGCCCACGAGUAGCGCGAAAUCCCUGGCCUUGUCCGACCACUACGAACAGAUGCCGAUGCAGAACUCCGUCACUGAAGUUCAGAACUUGACUAUCAAGAAGGAGACGCAGCUAUCGGAAUUAAAAUGCGAGUCCCUCGGCAUGGAGAAGCUGUUGGGAGCUCACGGAUCACCCCUCAUGGGGAGGCUUCCGCGGGUGCAGUCCAGCGCCAGUACCGAUUCGGCGGUUCAUUCUAUGUACACGCACAGCGUCUACAGCAGCCCCUCGGCCAGCCCCCGCCCCUCGCGCCACUACACGCCCUCUCUCUCGCGGAACAACAGCGAUGCUUCGCACUCCUCCUGCUACUCCUACAGCUCGGAGUUCUCGCCGACGCAUUCGCCGGUUCAGAGUCGCCACCCUCACCUUCUAUAUCGCGAAACGGCUGUAUACCCGGCGUCACCCGCCCACGACGACGAUUCGGAGCAGAUCGAUGACAGACUUCAUCAUCAUCAGGGGAUCAGCAGGCAGCAGCUUAUCAAUAGCCCCUGCCCCAUAUGCGGGGACAAGAUCAGCGGGUUCCACUACGGCAUCUUCUCGUGCGAGUCUUGCAAGGGCUUCUUCAAGCGCACCGUGCAGAACCGCAAGAACUACAUGUGCCUCCGAGGGGGCAACUGCCCCGUCACCGUGGCCACGAGGAAGAAGUGCCCGGCCUGCCGCUUCGACAAGUGCCUCGGGUGCGGGAUGAAGCUGGAAGCGAUCCGAGAAGACCGCACCCGAGGCGGACGCUCCACGUACCAGUGUUCGUACUCUUUGUCCGGCGCCUCGUCCACUGGCUCGUUGCUCUCUGCGCACGCGCCUACCACCAUGCGACACGCCUCUAGCCUCAGCUCGGUUUCAGGCCCAGGGUCGUACAGCAGUCGAGGGGAAUCCAGCAACAGCCGACUCACGCCGGAUAUUCCGCCAUUAUUGCAAGAAAUAAUGGACGUGGAGCAUCUCUGGCAAUACAACGAGUCGGAGCUGAACAGACUGGGCAAGUCGACGGGCAGUCCUUCGGCGAACCCCCUUCUGGCCGCGAGCGGGAUCACGGCGCAGAACUCCAGCGCAGAUUUCCUCGCGGACCUGUGCAACAUCGCCGACCACAGGCUGUACAAGAUCGUCAAAUGGUGCAAGAGUCUGCCGCUCUUCAAGAACAUCUCGAUCGACGACCAGAUCUGCCUGCUCAUAAACAGCUGGUGCGAGCUGCUGGUGCUGUCCUGCUGCUACCGCGGGGUCAGCACUCCCGGAGAAGUGCGCGUGGGAGGCGGAAGGGGCAUCACCCUGCAGCAGAGCGCCAAAUACGGUCUUACGCCAUGUAUAGAACGAAUGCUGAGCUUCACGGACCACCUGAGACGUCUCCGGGUGGACAGAUACGAAUACGUCGCCCUCAAGGUCAUCGUGCUGCUCACUUCAGAUGCGCCCGAGUUGCGUGAAGCGGAGUGCGUGCGCGCAUCGCAGGAGAAGGCGCUGGCCGCCCUCCAGGCCUACACGGCCACGCACUCGCCCGACACUCCCGCCAAGUUCGGGGAGCUCCUUCUGCGCAUACCCGAGCUGCAGAGGACGUGUCAGUUUUUUAUGCAAGUCGGUAAGGAAAUGCUGAAUCCGACUAAUAAGAAGGACGGCGAAGCCCCGAGCUUUAAUCUCCUAAUGGAGCUGCUCAGAGGUGAUCAUUGA